AUGAAGAUGCCGAGACAAAUCUCUGCUGCUUUUCUAUUCACUUUGCUUGCUAAUAUAGUUGUAAGGGUGGAUUCCUCCAACUACGCUAGCUUUGAAUCCGGUGAUGGCAAUUUUCGAUUGCAAUGGACAUACAACAGCAACACGUUGUUUUUCAACAUGACAUGUAAAACUACAGGCUGGUGUGCAGUGGGUUUUACUACUUCCGCUGAUGGGAAACGCAUGAAGAAUUACGAUAUCGCUCUUGGUGGAGUCACCUCUAAUCAUUCCCAAUAUAUUUUUGUAAGUAUGGUAGAAAUUUAAUUUAAUUUAAGAUUGGGUUGAUUGGGUCGGGUCGGGUCGGGUAGCCUUUGGCUAUAUUUUAAGAAAGAUAGGGUUAGGGUUAUUGAGGAAGGUUAUUGGAAGGCCGUUGUUUGUGGAUCCUCUGAGGUUUUCCAUUUUGUUAUCGUCAACCAAAACUGGGACGGUAGUAGACGUACUUCAUAAACUCGCUAUAUAAUCUUUUCCUUAUGGCUCGCCCAUCGAUCUACAAAGUUACUACUUUUGAUUUCAGCUGUAUAAAUUAGAAAGGUUUCGUGGAGGUGUGUUGAUUGCUUUAUGGCGACUUUGCAGCUUCGCCGUGCCAGCAACGUUGGCAUUUUCAGUGAUUGAUAGUUUGAAGAGCCGGAGCAUAAGUUGCAACCCCGCCACAUUUAACUUUAUCCCGAAGCGUAACUUUGACUGAUCUUAACUCGUUUCAGUUGCGAAUUUGCUCUGUUUAAGUUGAAAGUGUUUCUUGCUGUUUUCCGAGGGAGAGUGAUCAAGACUCUUGCAUGUAAACUCGAGGUUUUUCCCUGAAUAGAAUUGGACAGGUCGGUAAAUCAACAGUUCUGUUAUGCAAACGACCAGCCUGCAAACACAUAGGUAUUUCCGGUCGUCGCUUCUCUCAGAAAUACGCCUGGCUACCAAACGACGAAACGGCGAGGCAUGUGAAAGCCGGGAGGGGGCGUUCGAAACGGCUGAGCCAAAUCUGAUCGACGGAACUAUUCGAAAACUGGAAAAAUUACGCAACAAGAAGUCAAAUAAACAGCAUAUUUACCAUAGCUUGCAAAACAGACCUUUUCUUUCGUGUUUUUUAGGAAAGCGAAGGCAAGCGCGAAGCGAGCGUGGAGCGCGAGACGCUCGCGAUCGAGGAGGCGGCGAGAUCGUCUUUCUCCGCAACAUAUGUUCCACCAAAGGUAGCCCAGGCUUGAAAUAAUAGCAUCGGCGAACAUCGACAUUGCUGCAUAACAUUCGAAAUAUCAGGAUUUGUAUGGAAAAAAAACCUAUCGUUUCCGUAACCGACGAAAAUGAAAGGAUUUCAAUAAUAAACAGCUUACCUUACAUAACAUGUGUGUUACGUUUCUCCUGUGUGGUCCAUGGGCCGAUUUAUGGUCGUUUAAUGGGUUGUACUGUUAACGGUUUUCUCUCUAUAUAAAGGUUUACCAAGCUUGGUAAACAUUUAUAUAGAGAGAAAACCGUUUACAGUGCAACCUCGUCCCCAGGGCGUUUUUCCCUGGCUUUGGAGGUGGGGGUUGUUGACGGUACAACCCAUAAAUCGGCCCAUGUACCACACAGGAGAGACGUAACACACAUUUUAUGUAAGGUAAGAUGGUUUUUAUUGAAAUACUUUCAUUUUCGUAAGUUACGGAAACGAUAGGUUUUUUCCCAUAAAAAUCCUUAUAUUUCGAAAUCAAUGUUGCGCAACAAUGCCGAUGUUCGCCAAUGUUCAUAAUUCGAGGUUGGCUACCUGUGGUUCCACACUUAUUAAAUCGGAAUGUUUUUCUUAAUCAAUUAUUUUUUUGUUUAUUAAUUUUUCAUUUGUUUGUUUGUUUUUUAUUUUCGUUUUUUUUUUCAUUCAAAACUUUACAUUUUAAGAGUAAGAUGACGGAGAGAGAGUCUUUGCCAAAACGACUAGCAGAAAAACAACUUAACCUUUCAGCUGACAAAAUUUCUUUUAUAUCUGCUGUUUCGUAACAACAAAUAUGCUAGUUCGUAACAAAGCAGCCAGUCUACGUCAUUUUAUUGCACCUACUAUAAUCAUUAUGAAAUAUCCUCUCAAUCAUUUAUUAAUUUUCACCUCGAUGAUUUGCGAUUUUAAGAGCACUCCGCAUAAGAAACUACGCGAACCAAAGUAGUUGCAAGACGACUUUUUUGGUUAAAAUUAUUUGCUCACCACGUCUGCAAGCUACACCAGGCAAAAUAUCAGUCAGAACUACAAAGUACCAAUGUUGCGGCGAAAGCUGGCGAGGUCCCCCCCCACCCCCCAAAUAAAAAAUAAAUACGGUACAGUUAAACCCCGUUAAUACGGUCACCAAUGUGCCAAAAAAGUGGCCGUAUAAAUAACGAGGUGAACGUAUUACCAAGGUGGCCGUAAGGCGGAGUUUCACUGUAUAACACGCAGUUUGGCUGAAAAAGCUCUUAGUAAUGGUAACAGGACUGAGUGGAGUCCAAUUCGGUCUGUAAUCAUACGAGUGAUUAACAAAAUCGGACGACCGCAUAGCGGGAGUCCGAUUUGUUUAAUCACGAGUAUGAUUACAGACCGAAUUGGACGACACGAAGUUCUGUUACCAAUUAAUCAUAACUUUAACAAAAUUCGUGAUAUAUAGGGCUCUUUUUAAAUCAAAACACUAGAAAUUCCAAGAUUUUUUCGCUAGCAAGGAAAAAAAAGCCAUUUAAGCGCGCGCGUGAUGGCGCGUACUGUCCUAUUAAACUGUCCUAUUAAGGCUGAAAUCAGGGCAGUUGAGAAUCAAUCAGAUUUGAGGAUUUUAUUAUAGUUAUGAUUAAUAAAGGAACGAUCAUUAAUCUUUUUAACGAGGAGUGUUUUCGCUGGGUGAUUUACAUGAUUUAGUUUGAGGAGAAAUUUUUUUUUAAGCCUAUGAUCUGUUAUUAUUUUUUGGUUAAAAUAAUAUGCAAGAUUUCCGAGAUAUAUAUUUUUUUCUUGCUGAAAACAGCCCAAUCCGCGCAACUCAUAAGAUUUAUAAGAGGGUCCCAAUGGUCUUAACCGUACGUUUGCCAAAAAAAUCCAAUAAUUUAUUCAGCGAACUGUUAAGUCUUGCGAGGACCAUUUGCACACACAGCAGCGAAAAAUAAACAAAUCUUUAAAUUUAGGGCACUUCUUACAGCCAGUGAUUUUACUAGUUGGUCUACAUUUUGAAGAUAUACCUACUGAAUAUCCUUUGUUAGGGGCGGGAGAUGGAUGGGACAACACUUAUUCGAAGGGGGCACUUAGUAAGUAAUCUUUUUAGCCUUAAGGGAGGCAUAAAUUCCGACCGGAUUAAUGUUAAAUCUUGUUCCCUAAAACCUUCAGCAGAUACAAAAUUAAACGUAGAACUGGAGGCCACGAUAAAAGACCAACAAAUACUGAAACAGAUAGGAAGGUAUUAAAAGUGCGAUGCUUUAUUUUCAAACUGUAACCGACAGGGGUAUCAGAGUGUUUCCACUGUAACGCCCAACAAAGAUCCAACUCCAGAUUACAAGCUCACAGCCGCCAGUGAGGAAAACGGAUAUACAAGAGUGGAGUUUAACAGAGUUGCUACAACUGAUGAAGAAGAUGAUCCGCAUGAUGUACAGUUUACGGUAAAAAUUAGUCUUGUUAUGAUGUUCAAAGAAGUGACGUAGCGGUUUCUAUAUGAUACAAAAUUUAUUAAUUUAAUUUUAUCCAAUUUUAUAUAUUGUUUCUAAUCCAUUUUAAGCUCAUCCACCCUUAACUACCCUUAAUCCUUUGUAUAAUUCUCUAUUGCCUCUUCGCUUUCUUUCUAUUUUUAUGACCACACUGUCAUUUCCAUGUUCCUAAUUCAACUUUAAGUUAAUUUUGGAAAUUGUAAAAUAAUAGUGCUGCGUCACUCUCGUUUUCACUGGCUUCUCCUUAGAAAUUUCUACUGGAAGCGAUGAGCGUUACGUAUGUUCAGAUUCAAGAAAAUGGGUGGACACAAAAAGUCUCAAUAAAAACGUCUUACAAGAUUUUCAUGGGAAAAUGUUGGGUUACUUUUCUCCUGUGUGUUUUUUUUCCUGAUCUAAUCCUAUAAGCGAUUUCUUUAUGAGUGUAAAAGGGGAAAACAAAUCCCUUGCAAAUCCUAUAUAUUUGCAACAUUUUUGACAUUAUGAUCAAAUGACUUACGGUACACAGGUAACUGAUUCUCACUCUGAGCUUGGAGUGCCUGUGUUUUUUUAAGAUAGGUGUCCAGAUGUGGGAGGAUGAAAAUGGCAAUAGUUAAGUGGUGAAAUUGCCCGGACCGACUAGCUUGAUCGAUGUCCCUUUAAGAAGGUUUCCUUUAGCAAAAACUCGCCGAGUGUACCAUAAUUUAGAGCACAUUUACCUCUGUUCCACCUUUACUGCUUUAUGGAGCUACGUAACGACAAAUAUCGCUGUUUUAGGCCAAUUGUGUGCUUAAUUUAUUACUCAGUGCCCUUAAACCACGCGCAAAAUAAUUAAGUUAUGAAGAAGAUAUCAAACAAGCCUCAUCGGGGAUAUGGCACAAUUGUUUCAAGUUUCAAUACAUGUCCAUCCUUGUGAUCCGCAGAAACAGACAACAGAAAACAGUUUCAACAGCUAAAUAAUUAUAGCAAAACCGGACCAUUAAUUUUACUUUAAUUUGGAAUUCAAGUGAUGCGAAGACACGUUCAAGCUUUCUGAAGAUAUAGUAAAUAGCGUGACAAGACCCUUAAAUUACUUAUUAUUAAACUUGCAGAAAAGUGCUGAGGUUUGGAUUGUGUGGGCAUGGCGAAAUGACGACGACGCGAGUUCAGGUCUUACCCCUGCUUUGGUACACAGCCAAAAUGGGGUAUCAUCUAAAAAAUACAACCUGAUAAUGGAGACUAUGUCCAACGUGCCAACAUCUACUCCCUAUAAUGGAGCAAGUAAAGUGACGCUGCAGAGUUUGACCUUUGUCGGUACCUUGUUUGUUUUGAUCACUUUUGUAACUUCUUUUUAA